AUGGCCCGCCAAGCACACGCAUAUCACAUGGUCGACCCCAGCCCCUGACCCCUGACCGGCGCAGUAGCUGCCCUCCUGAUAACAUCAGGACUUGCAGUCUGAUUCCACUUUAACUCCACAGUACUUAUAACAAUAGGACUCACCCUGCUUCUCCUAACCAUAUACCAAUGAUGACGAGAUAUUAUUCGAGAAGGCACAUUUCAAGGACACCACACACCCCCUGUCCAAAAAGGACUCCGGUACGGAAUAAUUCUAUUUAUUACCUCAGAAGUUUUCUUUUUCCUAGGCUUUUUCUGAGCAUUUUAUCACGCAAGCCUAGCCCCGACACCAGAACUAGGCGGAUGCUGACCCCCAACUGGCAUUAUCACCUUAGACCCCUUUGAAGUACCUCUACUUAAUACAGCAGUACUGUUGGCCUCCGGCGUCACAGUCACUUGAGCCCACCACAGCAUCAUAGAGCGCGAACGCAAACAAACCAUUCAAGCACUAGCCCUAACAAUCCUAUUAGGGUUCUACUUCACAGCCCUUCAAGCAAUAGAAUACUACGAAGCUCCAUUUACCAUCGCCGAUGGGGUAUACGGCUCCACCUUCUUUGUCGCAACCGGGUUCCACGGACUUCACGUUAUCAUCGGCUCCACCUUCCUAGCGGUCUGCCUUCUCCGACAAAUCCAAUAUCACUUCACAUCUGAACACCACUUUGGAUUUGAAGCCGCCGCAUGAUACUGACACUUCGUAGAUGUAGUUUGACUAUUCCUAUACGUCUCUAUUUAUUGAUGAGGAUCAUA